UUUGCCAAAUGAGGAAGGUGGAACGUUGGAGAAUCUGACCGUGAAAAACGAAAAACAAAAGGAUGGUGAUCAACAAUAUUGUUGGCCUAUUUUUGUGGGAUACAUAACUCAAAAUUUAUAACCAUCUCAUAUCCUAAAGAUCUGAUAUUCACAUUUGAACUUUGAUACUAAUAAUAAAUCGAUAACAAAAUAAUUUUUGAAUGGACGAAUAAAUCUUUAGUAACCAAAAUAAAGAACUAAUUAUCUAAAUUUGACUUUAAGUCUACCAGAAAUGAAUGUAACAGUUAUGAAUACAUAAAUAUGGACUGAAAAAUACAGAGCAUAAAAGCGACGAAAAAUAAUGAAAUUCAAUGUGUUUUGUCUUAUACCGGUGCAAUAGUAGAUAGACGAAACCUCAGCUUUUUCCAUUUCCAGGUUUCAAGUUCCAACAGGACAAUCGUCUCCACCGAACUUCUUCUUCCCAACAAACCUUUCUUGAUUUGGAUUCCACAUACCCUCUGCUUCUCAUCCAUCCUGUUUACGCUCAUUUUCCCUUUCCUGUAAUUUGAUCUUUUUUUGCAGAAUUCUCUCUCAAUCAUGGCUCAUACCGAUCAAAUUAACCCGCGAGAUGUUUGUAUUGUGGGUGUUGCACGAACACCUAUGGGGGACUUCCUUGGUUCUCUUUCAUCUCUCUCCGCAACCAAGCUUGGAUCCAUAGCCAUUGAAUGUGCGCUUAAAAGGGCUAACAUUGAUCCACAACUAGUCCAAGAAGUUUUCUUUGGAAAUGUCCUGAGUGCAAAUUUAGGUCAAGCUCCUGCAAGACAAGCUGCAUUAGGUGCAGGCAUACCAAAUACAGUCGUUUGUACAACUAUUAAUAAAGUAUGUUCAUCAGGGAUGAAAGCAACAAUGAUCGCAGCACAAAGCAUUGAAGUUGGUGCCAAUGAUAUUGUAGUGGCUGGUGGCAUGGAGAGCAUGUCUAAUACACCUAAAUAUGUAGCAGGAUCAAGAAAGGGAUCUCGACUAGGACAUGAUGUUAUCAUUGAUGGCAUGGUCAAAGAUGGUCUUUGGGAUGUUUACAAUGACUUUGGAAUGGGAGUUUGUGGUGAGUUAUGUGCUGAAAGCUUCAAGAUAACAAGAGAAGAUCAAGAUAAUUAUGCUGUUAGAAGUUUUAACCGAGGAAUCACUGCACAAAAGAAAGGUGCAUUCAAAUGGGAAAUAGUUCCGGUGAAAGUUUCUUUGGGAAGAGGGAAAGGAACUGUUGUUGUUGAUAAAGAUGAAGGCUUAACAAAGUUUGAUGAAACAAAAUUGAGGAAUUUAAGACCAAGUUUCAAGGUUGAAGGUGGUUCAGUCACUGCAGGCAAUGCUUCUAGUAUAAGUGAUGGAGCAGCUGCAUUAGUGCUAGUGAGUGGAAAAAAGGCAUUAGAACUUGGAUUAAAAGUGAUUGCUAGAAUAAGAGGUUUUGCUGAUGCUGCUCAAGCCCCUGAAUUAUUUCCAACUGCUCCAGCUCUUGCAAUACCAAAAGCUAUUUCAAAUGCUGGAUUAGAAGCUUCCCAAAUUGAUUACUAUGAAAUAAACGAAGCCUUUUCUGUUGUGGCUUUGGCUAACAAGAAGUUGUUAGGAAUUGGUGAUGAACAACUUAAUGUUCAUGGUGGAGCUGUAUCGUUAGGGCAUCCAUUAGGUUGUAGUGGAGCUCGGAUUUUGGUUACCUUGCUAGGGGUAUUAUCGGAAAAGAAUGGAAAGUUUGGGGUUGCUGGUAUUUGCAAUGGGGGUGGAGGAGCAUCCGCACUUGUUCUUGAGCUCAUGCCAACUUCAAGGAUGAGUCACUCCAGACUGUGACAAGGAAAUUGUAAUGAUGUCUGUAUCGAUAAAGUGUUUGCUGUAUAAAUAAAGUUUGUUUCUUUUCUAGACUACAUAAACCGCCUUAAUAAGACUAAAUGUCUAUUUUACCCUUUCGUUUCAACAAACAAUAAUAUUUUUACAUAUUGGAAUCUAAAUAAUGGCUAAUGUACAAAAUAAUACAGCUAACAUAAUUGACUGAAAGGUAACAGAAGAGGGCAUGCUACCAUUAUCCUUGCGAAAGAACAUCCCUUCAUAUAAUGGAAUGUUAAUGAGGAUUAUCAAACCACACAAAACCAUCUGUACACCUAACUCACUAAAACCAUUAAUGUCUGAAUCCAUAACCACCCACUUUACUCCAUU